AUCUUUCCACCGACUACAAGCACACCUAGGGCACAAUCUAUGGAAUCAGAUAAAUCAGGAAACGCAUCAUUUGGUGACUUGUCUCAUACUAAACUUUCUACUAUUGCCCCGAUGCAAACGCAAUCUGACACACAUUCAUUACUCAGAGCGCAUGAAGAAAAUUCAAUGAGUAGAUACAUGUCUACUUCAAAUCAUAGUGAAGCAUCUGGAUGUUUGACCAACUUGAUAAAUAACCAUAUAUCGAAUUUGAAAGCAAAUAAUCUAGGGUAUGGAGGCAUAUACAAUGUGAGAAUAAAUCCACAGUCGGACAGGUUAUUAUUAGGCAAACUCCAAGUGAGCUUUGAUAUUGGUGGACGUUACCUGCUAUUAGAUUCUGAGAAUUAG